CUGUUCUUUGGUAAACCAACUUGGUGGUUUGGAAUUGGUUGGUAAUUCUGUUUGGCGUUUUGGAGCUGCCUGUUUUAGCCUAAGAAACCUACUAUUAACACAGCUUUCGCUUCUAUUAAAUCAAACAGUUUCGGAGCUAUUCUUCGGUAAAUCACUUCGGCAAUUUGGAGCUGUUCUUUGCUAUUCUUUGGUAAACCAACUUGGUGGUUUGGAAUUGGUUGGUAAUUCUGUUUUGCGUUUUGGAGCUGCCUGCUAUUCUUCGGUAAUUCACUUCAGAGUUUUGGACUUCGGCAGUUUGGAGCUGUUCUUUGGUAAAUCACUUCGGCGUUUUGGGUUGUUCUUUGAUAAACCAACUUGGUGGUUUGGUAAUUCUGUUUGGCGUUUUGGAGCUCCUAAGAAACCUACCACUAACACAGCUUUUGCUUCUAUUAAAUCAAACAGUUUCUUCGACGUUUUGGAGCUGUUCUUCGGUAAUUCACUUCAGAGUUUUGGACUUCGGCAGUUUGGAGCU